AUGGAAGACGCGAGUUUCUUUGUUGGAGUCAUAGGUAACAUAAUCUCAAUUCUCAUGUUUCUUUCUCCUGUACCAACGUUUUGGAAAAUAAGGAUGCAUGGAUCCACUGAAGAUUUCUCAAGCCUUCCAUACAUUUGCACAUUGCUUAAUUGUUCCCUGUGGACUUACUAUGGAAUCAUAAAGUCUGGAGAGUACCUAGUUGCCACUGUUAAUGGUUUUGGCAUCUUUGUGGAGACCAUCUACAUUAUUAUAUUUCUCAUAUAUGCACCAAAGGGGAUCAGGGCAAAAACUGCCAUUCUGGCUGUGAUUUUUGAUGUGAUAAUCUUUGCAGCAGCAGUAGUCACAACUCUACUUGCAUUGCACGGAGACGCUCGCAGUGGUGCUGUUGGUAUCAUGGGAGCAGGCUUGAACAUUGUUAUGUAUUCUUCACCUCUUUCAGUCAUGAAAACAGUGGUAACUACAAAAAGCGUGGAAUACAUGCCAUUCUUGCUUUCGUUUUUCUUCUUUCUAAACGGUGGCGUUUGGUUAUUGUACGCUAUUCUUGUUCGUGAUGUUAUCCUCGGGGUGCCAAAUGGUACUGGAUUUAUACUGGGAGGCAUGCAAUUAGGGUUAUACGCGAUCUACAGAAAUGGCGGAAAGGGAAAUUCAAAUAAGAGAUUGGAAGAAGGAAUGCAACAUGAACCGUUGAUCUCAGAGCCAAACGAUGAGUCACAUGAGAGGGAACACAGGGCCAUCUAG